AUGUUUCUGAAAGUAAUCAUGCAAAUCCUCUGUUUUUUCCUAGCUAUUAGCUUUGGUUACGUGUCUGCCGAAGUAUGUGGAGACUCCCUAUUUUUCAGACCCAACGGCACUUACGAUACCAACCGCCAAGUCGUUCUCUCAACUCUUGCUUCCGAAGUCAGUUCUAGAGAAGGCUUCUACAAUAUUUCCGUCGGUGAAGGCCCUGAAAGAAUCUAUGUUAUUGGGAUGUGCGUCCCAGGUGCUGAACCACAGACCUGUUCCGAUUGUAUCAAAGCCUCCUCUGAUUUUCUAAUAAAACACUGUCCCAACCAGACCGACUCGUUCGACUGGAGCCCCCAAAAGACUCUCUGUUUUGUUCGUUAUUCCAACAGCUCCUUUUUCAACGAAAUUAAUCUUGAGCCGAACUAUGCAGAGUACUACACUGGAGAAAUCCCUGGGAACGAAACAGAGUUUAACAGGAUAUGGGAAGAUUUCAUGAGGCGCAUGAUUGCGGCGGCUUCCUCUUCAACUCAUGGGUCACCUGCUCGCAUGCAUUAUGCGGCCAGUAUGACCCCUUUAACAGGUUUCCUCAAUAUGUAUGCGUUGAUGCAGUGUAUUCCUGGGAUAUCUUCCGGGGACUGCGAAAAAUGUCUUCUUGAAAAUGUCCGUACACAGCAGCAAUGCUGCAGUAAGAACAUAGGAGGUAGCGUUAGGAGACCAGUCUGCUUUUCCCGGUCUGAUACUUCUCCGUUUUACGGUGCUUUCGAUAACAUUACACCCUCCCCACCUCCUCAAAAGCUACAAUCUAUGCCUCCCCCGGAUGGCAAAAGGAUCUCCAAAAGAAAUAAAAUGCUGAUUCUUGUACUGGUAUUGACAGUAGUAACGGUGGUACUGCUCGCUCUAGGAUUUGUUUUCUGCAAGAGGAGAAAAUCAUACAAACCAAUGAAACUUGAAACUGAUGAUGAUAUCACAAAUUCACAGCCGCUGCAGUAUGAUCUUAAGACAAUUGAAACCUCAACAGAUAAUUUUUCGGACAACAACAAACUCGGUGAAGGUGGAUUUGGUGUAGUUUACAAGGGUACAUUUUCAAAUGGAACUGAAAUUGCCGUUAAAAGACUAUCGAUAUAUUCAAGACAAGGCUUGCAAGAGUUCAAGAACGAGGUCAUUGUCAUGGCAAAGCUUCAUCAUAAUAAUCUUGUUCAACUUCUUGGGUAUUGCAUGGAGGGAGAAGAGAAGAUACUCGUCUAUGAGUUUUUGUCUAACAAAAGCCUCGAUCUUUUCCUCUUUGACACUAUGAAGCAGCUACAGCUGGACUGGACCAAGCGCUACAACAUUAUCGAACAGAUUGCUCGAGGGAUUUUAUAUCUUCAUCGAGAUUCACGGCUAAAAAUCAUACACCGUGAUCUGAAAGCAAGCAACAUCCUUCUAGAUGCUAAUAUGAACCCCAAAAUCGCGGACUUCGGCCUGGCAAAGAUUUUUGCAAUGGAGCAAACUCGAGCCGAGACUAGCAAGAUAGCUGGAACUCUGUAA